AGGGAAAGUUUGCAAGGGCACUACGUCUUCAUUUUGCAGUGGGCUGAAAUUGAAGGCCCCCAGCGAGCUCAUUCAGAGCAUAGCAGCUCGGUGCUUCAGUACUGCCAGCGCUGCCUGGCGAGGAUUACGGAGCCUAAUUAUGUUGGCGUGCCGGGGCAUUUGGAGGUAGAAAAACACAGGAGCUUUUGCACAAAUUUUCAGGCAUCCCUUCUUUUUAAUACAGCGGGCAGCUCUCCUACUAGUUUGUUUCAAAAAUAUCUGCAAGUUAUUACUAGUAUAUAUAAGAACAGCAAUCAGGGCCCUAAGUAUUUCAACCGGAAUCCCUUCUUCACGGCAAUCUGACUCAUUCAUAUGUAUGUGAACCGCCGAGACCGAGGAUUCCAGGUUCUAUUAAUAGCCAACACAUGGUCUUCCCGUUGCAUACCCAGAUAGAAGAAUGCACACCUUCUACACCGCUAAUGAGCAGAAACUAGGACAGCACAGUUAAGAAGCAGCAUUCUUACCACAUGGAUAAGAUUGCAGGGUACUUUACGGGGCGUCCUGUAAAAAACCACCGUCCAACCCUUUGUGAUGCGAGGCGUUAUGAAUAUCGCGAACUGGAGAAGGCUACCAAGGCAUUUACAAAUCUCAUUAGACCAGGUGCACACGGAGAUCUUGGAACUGUCUACAAGGGAACACUUCAGGGAGGAAAAGUGAUUGCAGUGCAGACCCUACAAACAGAACGGAGGCUUCACAAACAACAUGAGAGUUUGGUGAAGGCUGUCUCACAACUUUGUCACACGAACCUACUGAAGUUUGAUGGUUAUUGCAUUGAUAAACAUGGGAGCUUUCUUUGCUACGAAUAUCAGCGCUAUCAAACACUUGAGGAGUGCCUCCUAGGAACAUAUAAAGUGCUAACUUGGCAACAGCGACGUGAUAUACUCAGCGGUAUCUGUGAAGGCCUGAAGUACCUCGAGGACUUCAAAAGCAAAGUGAAAAUGCACAUUGAAUUGAAAGUUGACAAAAUAGUUCUUCAUGAGGAUGAGAAGACUAGGAAUUUGAUACCAAAAAUUUCGUAUUGUGUUUUCUGGGGUCAACGUGAAGAUGAUGCACCCACAGGGUAUUAUUAUUUCAUGUCAAAGAGAGAAGAAAUAUUUUCUUCAGAAAUUGACAUAAAUAGCUUUGGUAUUCUCCUGCUAAAGAUUAUAACAGGCCGAUCUAAAUCGUCGAGUACAGAGAAUGAAUUAGUUGCUGAAGUGAAACGUCAUUGGAAUAGAAAUGAUUGCAAGGCACUCAGGGAUCCAAUAUUGAACAGUGAUUGCCAAGCUGAAAUUGAAUACUGUAUUGAGCUAGCCCUUAGGUGCACUUCGCCAUAUGUAGCCUUAAGGCCUACUGUCGAUCAUAUAGCGUCCACCCUGGCUAAUCUUAGACAUGAAACAAGGAAAAACGAAAGUGUGGGUGCUUAUGAAUCCAGAACAUUCAAGAAUGUGCAAUACAGUUUUGGCCGCGACGAUGAUUCUUCAGAUGGGCUAGGGCUUAUAAAGGUUGAUCAUGUACGUGAAUAUAGAUAUGAUGAGCUCGAGAGAGCUACUGAUCAUUUCUCCAGUGAUCGCGAAAUUGGACGUGGGGCCUUUGGUAUUGUCUAUAAGGCAGUGAUUGGUGACAAGGUUUUAGCUGUAAAGAAGCUACAGAAGGACAAGUUCUCGGAACAAUUUUUGAAUGAAGUAAGCAUCCUAUCAACGCUAAGACACAGAAAUCUAAUGAAAUUAGAGGGUUACUGCUUCCAUAGCCAAGGGACAAUGCUUUGCUAUGAAUAUCUUUCAGAUGGGACUCUCCAGGAUCGACUAGAAGAUAAUCAUCACAAGCUUAGCUGGAACCAACGGUACAACAUAAUUCUAGGUAUUUGCAGAGGAUUGCACUACCUCCAUGAUGAAUGCCCAGAUGGCGUCAGUAUCGUCCAUAUGGACUUGAAGGCAGACAACAUACUGAUCCACAUUGAUGUGAGUGGGGUACUGAUCCCAAAAAUUGGUGACUUCGGUAUUGCGUGGCCUCUCGAUAUGAACAAACAAUAUGCCUACACCAACAAUCCUUUAGGAAACAUCACGGUCACUCCUCCGGAAUAUCAGAAUGGUGGAAAGAUAACCACCGGAGUGGAUAUAUACAGCUUCGGCCUCAUCAUGCUGGAGAUGAUAACAGGAAAACCAAGAACAUACUCUAGAAAAUCGAGCCGUUAUGGACGACACAUCAUCAAUCAAGCAAAAAAUCAGAUUAAACUGCAGGAUCCCAAACUUUUUAUUGAUGAAUCCAUGGGGAAUGAUUACCUACAACAAAUACAUGAGUGCAUCGAGAUAGCACUGGACUGUGUGGGAAGUGAUGAGAAAACAAGGCCUGGUAUUGCCGAAGUAUCCUUGAGGCUAGCCCAAAUUGGACAAGAACUGGUAGGAAGAAAAUUAUUAAGGUGUACAGCGAGCAGACGGACAUCAAUAAUGGAUAAACAAGAGCCUGUGAUGAGCGAACUUGACAAGAGUAGUGAUAUUUCCAUACCAAAUUCUGAAGUAGAUGUUUCUGAUAGCAUCUCUAAGGUGGGGUCUGAAUCGUCGUCUGGUACUAUGCCGGCAGAAAAAACAGAUGAAAACUUCAACGAUCAGCAGCAAGGCUCCAGCAUCCACGGAACGGAUUCCAUGAGCUAUGCUUCAGAUAAUGCUACUCCAUUUGAUGCCAGCCAAACGCCAGUUCCAUGCAAUCCAAGUGACCUUGACUUCGCGCUUGAUUUUGAAGCUAUAUUUGAAGGUCCUAGUGCUGUUGAAUUGGAGUCCACUACUGCUACUCCAGCAAAACCAGAAAUGGAAAUAGAGAAAGCCUUGAAACAACUAUACGAAACUCUAUGUGAUUUGCGCCCGUAUGAGAUCACAGAGGCCAGUGUUUUCAUAGAGGAGAUGGUUAACAAAAUUCUUAGUAAAAGGAACCCAACCGCUGACCUCCUGAAUGUUUGUUUAAAUGAACUGCUGGAAAUAAUUUCCAGUGAUGGUGAUGCUAUCAAAACAGCCAGGGAACGAGCAGCUAAAAAGAUGCAGAUAAGUGAGAAGAUAUCUCGCUGCUCAAAACUUAAAGCCAUAAUGCAGGAGAACGCAAGAGAAGCAAAGAUGCUCGCGAAGCAGCAGGCAUUCCUAAUGAACCGUCGGGAGAUCCUCUGUGCUGAACUCAAUAAGAUUGAUUCGCAGUUAAAGGAUAUUCCUGCCUCGAUCGCUGAGAAGAAGAAGAAGGGAAUGGAGGCACAAGCUGAAGGGAAAACACUGGUCGAGGAGAUUGUGAGAGAAGAAGCUGAGAUAGGUGACACAUCUGCUGACGACGCACUGCUGGAAAGAGUACGCAAAAUUCGCAUAGGUGUGUGCACCCAGCUGGAAGGGAUCAUCAACAAAAUCUGACCUGCAUCGUUUUAAUUUGCUUUUGUUCAAAUAAAAGUGUAAGGAUUAUUUGAGACCUCAAUAAUGAAACAUGAGUCAUUACCUACUAUGUAAGAAAUGCACAGAAAAGACACUUUCAUCA